AUGAGCGGAGUGCAGCAGUGGAGCACUUACCUCGGGCAAAUCCGAGUGCCCCCCUGGUCAAGAACGUGGCCCUUCUCCGUGGCCGUGCUCAGUGUGAUGGUGUCCUGGCCUGGAGCGUGCCCCUGCCCGUCGGAGUGUGAGUGCACAGACAGGUCGAGGUCGGUGGAGUGCAGGAACACCAACCUGACCCAGAUCCCAUGGGGAAUCCCUCCGAGCACCCAGAACCUGCUCAUCACUGGCAACAACAUCUCGCUCCUGAGGAGGUCGGCUUUUGAGGGCAAUGGAUCCGGGUUCAUCUAUUUGGGAACUCUCUCUCUCCCAGGAAACCAGAUUGAAGGCAUCGAGCCCUCUGCCUUUGAAGGCUUGGCCAACCUCAGGACCUUGAACCUAAGUUACAACACCUUAGCGUCCAUUGCUGCAGAUGCAUUCCUUGGUCUUUGCCAGCUGCAAAGUUUAAGCAUGAACUACGCUCUGGAGCCAUCAGUAGAGGAUCAGCUGUGGAUCGCGUUGCGUCCCAGUAAUCUCCCCAACCUGACUGAGCUCCAUGUGGCCGGGAACUACCUAACCAAGCUUUCAGAAGAAGCAGUGUCCAUCGGUUCCAGCUUGCAACUGUUGGAUCUAAGGAGCAACCUGUUGCAGCGUAUCAGAAAGGAGACCAUCACCCUUUGGCAAAGCCACCACAACCUGAAGGUUUACUUGUCCUCCAACCCAUGGGUGUGUGACUGUGAGCUUCGGCCUGUGUACUGGUGGCUCAGGAACACGUCCCAGAUCGGUGAUGGGCAGCUGCUCACCUGCUUCGGCCCCGGUACCUUGAAUGGAAGUAUCCUCAGCCAGCUCAGACCUGAUGAUCUCGUGUGUCAGGAGGACACAGCAGCUUCCUUCGUCUUCCUCGGGAUUGUCUUGGCUCUUAUCGCAGCCACCUUUGUCAUGGUCUUGUACCUGAACAGGAGAGGCUUGAAGAGAUGGGCCAGAAAUUUCCGAUACGCUUGCCACGACCAGAUGGAUGGCUACCAGUACAGAUACGAGCAGGAUCCUGAGCCCAGGCUGGGCCGUGUCACAGCUAUAAUUUAG